AUGAGGGGGAGGAAGAGAGAGAGGUCAGAGGAUGAGGGGGAGGAUGAGGGGGAGGAAGAGGAUGAGGGGGAGGAAGAGAAAGAGGUCAGAGGAUGAGGGGGAGGAAGAGGGAGAGAGAAGAGAGAGAGAUACUAGACAUAACAUAGUAAACAUAAAUCUGGAACACUCAAAUUAGUAUGAUAUGUUACGUUUGGUAUAGUUACAGAAGACAGAAGGUUACUUAAGGCAAAAAUGAAAGAAGGGUCUUUGGUCGGGGUGGAUGGGUAGACGUAAAAUGCAAAUGUCUAGCAACCAAAAUGUUGCGUGUUUGAAUCUCAUGGCGGACAACUUAACAAUUUGAGUAGCAACUAUUUGCUACUUUGCAACUACUUAGCAUGUUAGCUGAGGCAAACCCUAGCCUUAACCCUUUAACCUAACUCUUAACAUUAACCCUAACCUUAACCCUAAACUUAACCCCUAACCCCUAGCCUAGCUAGUGUUAGCCACCUAGCUAACAUUAGCGUUAGCCACCUAGCCACCUAGCUAACAUUAGCCACAACAUAUUGAAAUUCGUAACAUAUCAUACCAUAUGUUUUGCAAAUUCGUUACAUAUUGUACGAAUUGCAAUUUGUAACAUAUCAUAGGAAUUGUAAUUCGUAACAUAUCACAUGAAUUACCGAUCACUGCACCUGUACACAGCCCAUCUGAAAUUAGCCCACCCAACUACCUCAUCCCCAUAUUGUUAUUUAUUUUGCUCAUUUGCACCCCAGUAUCUCUAUUUGCACAUCAUCUCUUGCACAUCUAUCAUUCCAGUGUUAAUACUAAAUUGUAAUUAUUUUGCACUAUGGCCUAUUUAUUGCCUUAACUCCAUAACUUGCUACAUUUGCACACACUGUAUAUAUAUUUUCUGUUGUAUUUUUGACUUUAUGUUUUGUUUACCCCAUAUGUAACUCUGUGUUGUUGUUUUUAUCGCACUGCUUUGCUUUAUCUUGGCCAGGUCGCAGUUGUAAAUCAGAACUUGUUCUCAACUGGCUUACCUGGUUAAAUAAAGGUGAAAUAAAUAAAUAAAUAAAAUUGUAAUUUGUAACAUAUCAUACGAAUUGCAAUUCGUAACAUAUCAUACGAAUUACAAUUCGUAACAUAUCAUACAAAUUGUAAUUCGUAACAUAUCAUACGAAUUGCAAUUCGUAACAUAUCAUACGAAUUACAAUUCGUAACAUAUCAUACAAAUUGUAAUUCGUAACAUAUCAUACAAAUUGUAAUUCGUAACAUAUCAUACAAAUUGUAAUUCGUAACAUAUCAUACAAAUUGUAAUUCGUAACAUAUCAUACAAAUUGUAAUUCGUAACAUAUCAUAUGAAAUGGAUGAUGGGCAUCUACAAAUGAAUACAUACCAUACAAAAGGUAAAAUAUCAUACUAACCUCUAUACCAGGCGGUGUCAUAGGAAGGCCCUAAAAAAGUCUCCAUCCACCCAAGUCAUAGACUGUUCUCUCUGCUACCGCACGGCAAUUUACAUUGACCCCCUCUACUAUUUAUUUAUGUAUUUAUUGGUCUUAAUUGUUUUACACUGACUCCCUUGCACUGGCUCUAUGCACACUCACUAGACACUACCCACACACUCACACAUACUAUACUGACACUACAACACACACACACACACACACACACACACACUACAUAAGCUAACACACAUACACAUGCAUAUUGACGCCACACACACACACUCACACAUAGACAUACUUUCACACAAAACGUUGUCAAAAAAGCAGUGAAUUGGGAGCUUCAACAGUGUGCAGGCCUUCUUGUUCUAUACUUUCACACUUCACAUAAGCUGCUGCUACUCUGUUUAUUAUAUAUCCUGAUUUACCCCUACCCACAUGUACUGUACAUACUGUAUUACCUCAACUACCUCGUACCCCUGCACAUUAACUUAGUACUGGUACUCCUUGUAUAUAGCCUCGUUAUUGUUUUUAUUGUGUUACUAUUUCCUUUUUAUUUAGCAAAUAUUUGUCUGCACUGUUGGAGGGACAGAGGGACAGAUAACUUUAGCAGACUCCACUGGCUAAAUCCAUUGGAUGAGGCUUUUGCAGCAAACACUAUUGUUGCUUCCCAGUGCAGAGACUUGCAUACAGUGGCUUGCGAAAGUAUUCACCCCCCUUGGCAUUUUUCCUAUUUUGUUGCCUUACAACCUGGAAUUAAAAUGGAUUUUUGGGGGUUUUGUAUCAUUUGAUUUACACAACAUGCCUCCCACUUUGAAGAUGCAAAAUCAUUUUUUUGGUGAAACAAACAAGAAAUAAGACAAAAAAACAGAAAACUUGAGCGUGCAUAACUAUUCACCCCCCCAAAGUCAAUACUUUGUAGAGCCACCUUUUGCAGCAAUUACAGCUGCACAUCUGUUGGGGUAUGUCUCUAUAAGUUUGGCACUUCUAGCCACUGGGAUUUUUGCCCAUUCUUCAAGGCAAAACUGCUCCAGCUCCUUCAAGUUGGAUGGGUUCCGCUGGUGUACAGCAAUCUUUAAGUCAUACCACAGAUUCUCAAUUGGAUUGAGGUCUGGGCUUUGACUAGGCCAUUCCAAGACAUUUAAAUGUUUCCCCUUAAACCACUCGAGUGUUGCUUUAGCAGUAUGCUUAGGGUCAUUGUCCUGCUGGAAGGUGAACCUCCGUCCCAGUCUCAAAUCUCUGGAAGACUGAAACAAGUUUCCCUCAAGAAUUUCCCUGUAUUUAGUACCCUCCAUCAUUCCUUCAAUUCUGACCAGUUUCCCAGUCCCUGCCGAUGAAAAACAUCCCCACAGCAUGAUGCUGCCACCACCAUGCUUCAUUGUGGGGAUGGUGUUCUCGGGGUGAUGAGAGGUGUUGGGUUUGCAUGUUGGGUUUGCGUUUUCCUAGAUGGCCAAAAAGCUCAAUUUUAGUCUCAUCUGACCAGAGUACCUUCUUCCAUAUUUUUGGGAAGUCUCCCACAUGGCUUUUGGCAAACACCAAACGUGUUUGCUUUUCUUUAAGCAAUGGCAUUUUUCUGGCCACUCUUCCGUAAAGCCCAGCUCUGUGGAGUGUACGGCUUAAAGUGGUCCUAUGGACAGAUACUCCAAUCUCCGCUAUGGAGCUUUGCAGCUCCUUCAGGGUUAUCUUUGGUCUCUUUGUUGCCUCUCUGAUUAAUACCCUCCUUGCCGGUCUGUGAGUUUUGGUGGGUGGCUCUCUCUUGGCAGGUUUGUUGUGGUGCCAUAUUCUUUCCAUUUUUUAAUAAUGGUUUAAUAGUGCUCUGUUGGAUGUUCAAAGUUUCGGAUAUUUGUUUAUAACCCAACCCCGAUCUGUACUUCUCCACAACUUUGUCCCUGACCUGUUUGGAGAGCUCCUUGGUCUUCAUGGUGCCGCUUGCUUGGUGGUGCCCCUUGCUUAGUGGUGUUGCAGACUCUGGGGCCUUUCAGAACAGGUGUAUAUAUACUUAGAUCAUGUGACACUUAGAAUGCACACAGGUGGACUUUAUUUAACUAUUAUGUGACUUCUGAAGGUAAUUGGUUGCACCAGAUCUUAUUUUAGGGCUUCAUAGCAAAGGGGGUGAAUACAUAUACAUGCACCACUUUUCCGUUAUAUUUUUUAUUUUUUAUUUGAAACAAGUGAUUUUUUUCAUUUCACUUCACCAAUUUUGACUAUUUUGUGUAUGUCCAUUACAUGAAAUCCAAAUAAAAUUUCAUUUAAAUUACAGGUUGUAAUGCAACAAAAUAGUAAAAAUGCCAAGUGGGAUGAAUACUUUUGCAAGGCACUGUAUGUGUUUUGCUCUUCCCCCUGUGGGCAAUGGGGGCAUGGAGAACCUGUAUGCCCAUAAAGUCCAUGCAGUUCCCUUGGAUCCAGCAGUGUAAAGGGCCAUUACACAGUUUUAACUGUUCAGUUGUGCUUAGAGUUACUGUGUGCAGUACCAGCCGCCUCUGGACACGGACCAUUUACUCUGGCUGAUAGAUGAUGUGUUAGAACUAAGGUGUGUGUGUGCGUGUGUGCCUGUGUGUGUGUGCAAUGUUUGUACAGUCAACCUGCAUGCAUGCACGAGUGUGUGCGUGUAUAUGUUCCCCACACCCAGUAAUCUGCAGGCCAGAGGCCAGAGUGGAGCCCCAGCUGUGUUUCAUAAGCUAUAAAACUUCAAACAGCAUCUCCCAGACAGGCCCAAUGUACUCUCACAGCUCCACAGCUCCUUCCCCUUCCCUUCUAUUGGACAACUCAGGAGACAGACCAUGAAGGCUACAUCACUGUCAGAAGAGCCACCAUCAGAGACAGUGGGAGAGGCCUGUGAGAAGGAGGGAGAAAGAGGGAAGAGGGAGAUUAAGUACUGUACAUUGGUUCCGAACAUUAGAACAAACUUGAACCUGAAGAGCUUUGCCCAGGUUGUGUUUGAUUGACACCUGACUGAGGUAGACCCUGAACAUGCCUAACCCCAGGCAGCAGGUUUCACGCUUUGUUGGAGAGAGAUAGCAACCCCAGGAUCUCCCUUUAACGAACCUUCAGACUGUCUGAUGAAAGCCUUCCACAUUAACCACCCGCAGAGAAACAGAUUCAGUCAGUGGGACUGAGUUAAGCUAGGCUUCAUCAGGUACUAGCUAUGUACAGUAUGAGACAGCAGUGACUUUCAUUCUAAAAACAUGGAAGAAGGUGGAUAUGAACUAUAAAUAGUUUAAUCCAAACCUGAGAUGGUUGUUGGAGUUUACAGGUUUACAGGUUUCACUAGGUAGAUGUACUGUAGGUCCAGUUGAUCUUACUGUAGGUGUUAGCAGUGCCGGUGACCUCCUCUGCCAGGAUGUUUCACUGUCCUGGUUGGCCAGUGUUCAGCCUACUGUCCUCCACAAUCUCCUCUUAGUGCAUACAGCCCUGUGCUUUAGAUCUCCUGCUCCAUCAGCACUGGCUGAGCCCACAUUCUCCUGGCCUGGAGUCAGGGAAAGGCCACGCACGCACGUAUACACACACUGGCUGAGCCCACAUUCUCCUGGCCUGGAGUCAGGGAAAGGCCACGCACGCAUGCACACACGUAUACACACACGCGCGCAAGCACACACACACACACAUACACACUCCCGUGCCUGGUAGAGAGUUGCCACUGUUUUGAUGUUUCUCUAUGUCAGUGCAAGGUGGGAGCAAUCCGUCUACAUGUCCAUCCAUCUCACACCUAUUCAUUUAAAUAGCUCACUGACGUGUGAGUGUGCAAGGAGAAAAGCCAAAACACCUAUAGGGUCUUACACCAAACUACUGAAGGAAUUUGGAGUGAAGGGGUUGCUAGCUAUGCUCAUGACUUUGUUACACAUACAGUACAGUAUGUUGUGAAUUAGGAAAUAGAAGCCAGUUGCUGCGGUUGUAUUCAUAAGAGAGGCAUUUAGUGCCGCUAGCCGUCAUUGUGAUCAAACCUACACCGGCCUGUGAUCCAGACAUUGGGUGCUUUAAAGUAGCUUAGCUUCUGGUGCCCUUCUGUUAACACCAUGCCAAUGAGACGUGCUGUAUCGACCGUGCUGUAGCUGAGCACUUAAUGCUUUUCCCCCUCAAGAGCAGUGAUUAUAGUCCACGGCUGUGUUUUGACAGGCAUUGGCACGGCGUGUCAGCUUCAGUCCACAACCCCCUGACACAUACAAGCUGCUGCACCUCCAACUACAUUCCUCAGGGAAACAUGGGAUGAGUGAAAUGUUGUUUCAUCAUGAAAAUGUGUUUUCUCAGGGACCCACUGUUGAUUGCACCUGAACAUGUGCUCAAGUGAGUUCAGGAGGACAGUAUCUCACCAAAUGAAACUUACAAUAAUUUGAUCAUCCUGAAUCCAUGAUCAAACAGAGCUGAUAAUUUUUACAUUUUAGUCAUUUAGCAGACGCUCUUAACCAGAGCGACUUACAGGAGCAAUUAGGGUUAAGUGCCUUGCUCAAGGGCACAUUAACGUCAUUUAGCAGACGCUCUUAGCCAGAGCGACUCACAAAUUGGUGCGUUCACCCUAUAGCCAGUGGGAUAACCACUUUACAAUUUGGGGGGGGGGGGGUUAGAAGGAAUACUUUAUCCUAUCCCAGGUAUUCCUUAAAGAGGUGGGGUUUCAAAUGUCUCCGGAAGGUGGUGAGUGACUCCGCUGUCCUGGCGUCGUGAGGGAGCUUGUUCCACCACUGGGGUGCCAGAGCAGCGAACAGUUUUGACUGGGCUGAGCGGGAGCUAUGCUUCCGCAGAGGAAGGGGAGCCAGCAGGCCAGAGGUGGAUGAACGCAAUGUCCUCGUUUGGGUGUAGGGACUGAUCAGAGCCUGAAGGUACAGAGGUGCCGUUCCCCUCACUGCUCCAUAGGCAAGCACCAUGGUCUUGUAGCGGAUGCGAGCUUCAACUGGAAGCCAGUGGAGUGUGCGGAGGAGGGGGGUGACGUGAGAGAACUUGGGAAGGUUGAACACCAGACGGGGUGUUCCAACUAUGUUACGUGAAUCCUAACACACCAGCAGUCUGUGUGGUUCAUAACUCGUCAUACUGGUGGACAAACUUCAUUACAGUAUAGUCUGGUUGUUAAAAGGUCAAUGCUGCUGCUUGUUGGAGACUUUUACUGGAGACUUUGACUUGGCCUUAGAUCACGAGGGGCUCCUGAGGACAUUGCUACACCUCUGAUGGGUCUGACAGGGAAGCCAUUUGACCACAGUUACUCCCUCCUGAAUGACUGGGUCUCCAGGGAGAUAGGGAGCUCUACUUUACGUCUGAAGGUCAGGUGUGAGUGACUUCUCCCCAAUGUGACCUCGCCGCUGUAGGUGCCAUUGACAGUGACAUCAUGCCUGUGACCUUUGUGUGAGGGUAAUUUUAGAGUGCCGAUUGCUUAGGUGUCAAUGACUUAUGGACAUGGGUAAGUAUGUAUGAAGAUCAAGUGGCACAUUGUAGAGCAGGAGUGUCAAACAUACGGCCCACAGGCCGGAUCCGGCCUGCCAGCCCAUUCAAUCUGGCUCGCGGGUGUUUUGAGUAAUUAAAAAAAAUAUGUUUUUGUAUAAUUUAUUUUAUUAUUUCGGGGAAAAAACAUUGAAAUUACUAAAACCAAACAGUGUAGAAAUGAUAAUGGAUCUACAGUCUCUGUCCAGCUUGCUAACAGUCAUCGAAACCAAAGCUAGACAGUCAGGGAGCAAUCGAUGCAAAGCAAUGGAUAGAGGACUAUUUGUAGAAAUGUUGUACGAUGGGAAAUAUAACCAAUUUUAAGUGUGUUCCUCCGGACCUCGGUGAAGAAAAAUGAGUUUGCCACCCCUGCUGUAGAGUCUGGAUAAUACUCUGUACAGUAGCCAGCCAUGGUGGUGAUCUGACUUGGCAGUGGGAUUUGAAUGAUACCGAUACUCAUAAUCCUUCAACAUAAACGAAGGAUCUGCUCUAAUAGAAUCUAGAAUUCAAUGCAUCCUCUGUAUAGAGGUCAAGUAUGAUGAGCUCUAAAGGGAUAGUUAAUUACAGAUUAAUUACAUUGCCCUUAAUUGUUGUUGUUGUGGUGGUGAAGAUAGAAGUUUCUUUGUUUGACUGUAAGGUUUAGAGUGCUAUGCCUACUGUCUCUAUACUGAUCCACUCGGUUACCAUAUCGCUCAGAGUCAGCACCUCAUAAAACCAUUGUCAGGGUUCCUGUCUGUCUGAGUGUUCACAGAGUCUGUGUCUUCACCUUCAGGGAGCGGAACUGGCUCAUCCCUAUCUGUUUUCCCCAUUAUUGGUCAGCUUUACACAGAGCAGAAUGCUGAUCCACUUUUCCCAAGGUGACACCACAGCAGACAGACUCACUGUCCUCUCUCCUAUACCACUGAGCUUAUAGCUUCCUGCCUGACCAGAUAAUUUCCUGUCUGUAGGCAGGGGUAUUAGGAGAUUACAGGGCUACUUUGCAUUGUUUUCCAUUAACAGAAUUUGGCUUAGCCAAAACAGCGCUGUGUCUAUGGAAACCAAUUUAAGUAAUGUAAGAAGUGUCUGAAUCACUUGUGUACACAGGCUUUUGUAGUAGCCUGUGUGUAGGAGCCAUUUCCCUUGAAACACACUCCCCAUUGCCUGUUAGUGAACACAAAAAAGGGGGGAAACAAAUGAAGGAGGAGUGUAAAGAACGCCCUCCUCUGGCCAGGAUCCCUCCCACAUCCUCACAGUCUAAACCAGAAAUCCCACAGAUCUCUGCCUGACUGCCUAUAGGCAAGGUGACAUCACCAGCUAAAGGUCUGGUGCUACACACACAGCAUUUAUUCACCUUUCAUUGUCCUGAUGACAUGCUUGGAAUGUGACGGUAAAGUUAUUGUGGAUAAAUGCCAACUCUGAACUUGGAGUGGAUCCUGUACUAUGGCAAACAUGUUAGACAUGGACUCCCCUGUAGUGCAUGUAGAAUAGUGGGUACGUUUUGGUUGGUGUCUAAGUUGUUCAGAGUGUAACUGUUUCUGCUGGUAUAAAAUGCACUGCUGUCAGAAAUGUGUUUCUUGGUUGAUAUCCUAGCUCAGUGUGAGAUGUACUGUAUAUAAAGUGUGCACACAAAAGAUGGAGAGUUCCCAAGACAGCUAUGCAUUCAGUGUGUUUUGCAUGCAACUUGUUAAAGGCUCUCUUUGUCUGUUGAGAUUCCUCACAUGGACAUGCACAGCAUAAAAAUAAGCAGAGUUAAAGAGACUGCUCAGUGGGUGUUUAAUCAAACUUUCACUCACAUUUUGUUUUCUUAGUCUUGAUUCCAACAGCAAGGAUGGAAAACAGCAAGGGAGUUUUUGGCAGUUUUUCCUAGUGUACUAGAUCUUUCAGUGUGCUGCAGUUCUUUGCCAAAUCAAGUGUGAGAGGCAUGGCUAGCUGAGCCAGAAAGAAUCAGUGGAGGGUUCAGUAUCUGAUCUGACCCAUCAUUGUUCCCUGUGACACAGCAUCAUGCGUUUUUACAUUCAUCCUUCCUUAUCCUGAUCAUCCAUUAUGCAGUAAUAUAGCUUGAUUUCCUCUAUAUCCAUUUAACAUCUAGUAGGUUUAUUAAUUGGGAACAUGAGAGAAUAAUUUAUAUUCAUCCAUUUAGAUUUUGGUAAAUAUGAUUGAAUAUUAAGGUGUGCAUGUAUUCAUCCCAAAAGGUAUGUAGCAGCAGCGAAUACCAGUAGUCAUGUCUAGUAUCUUAAACACUGUAAGUUUCAUGGCAGCUUACUGUAAAAUGUAUUCAAUCACUCCUGUCAUGUCAAACCAAUUUUCUAUGGUUUUACAUUUCUGUAGAAAUUCAAACCAUUCUUGUGCUACAAAGUAUCAAGCUUGGCUGAAGUGAAUGAUGUUAAAAUUAUAUUUUUAUUUCUGAAAGAUUACAUUACAUAAUGAUACACCAUAUAAAACACUGUUACUUCAAGGAUGUACAGUCCAGCAGAACAGUUUACACACAUCCUUACUUAUCUACUGUUUUUUUAUCUCUCGACAGAUUGAAGAGGUUGCUGGAGAAUGAGAAAGCCUACCAGGUGCGUAAAGAGAAGGAGAACACCAAGCGUCUGGAGAAGGUGAGGGAGGAGCUGGUCAAACUGAAAUCCUUUGCCCUGAUGCUGGUAGACGAGCAGCAACUCCACCUGGAGCAGAUGGACCAGCAGAGCCAGAGGGUCCAGGAGCUGACCCAGCAGCUGCAGCAGAGGGAGAAGGACCUGAGCGACGCCAGCGCCCGGGCCCAGGAGGACAGACAGAGGGCCCUGAGUUUGGAGGGCGAGCUGAGGGAAUGCCAGGCCAAGUUUACCCAGAAGCAGGAGGAGAGGACCGCCAAGCUGGCCAGCCAGGAGUCCCAGAGCCGCCAGCUGGAUGUCAAGCAGUCUGUACUCACCCACACGCUGGAGGACCUGGAGGAGAGCAACAGGGCUCUGAGGAGGUCAGAGGAGGCGCUGAAGGAGAGCAAUGGGGCUCUGAGGAGGUCAAAGGACGAGCUGGAGGAGAGCAACAGGGCUCUGAGGAGGUCAGAGGAGGAGCGCAACGGGGCUCUGAGGAGGUCAAAGGAGGAGCUGCACGAGCUGAGGGAUAAGAUCAGCAAAGGGGAGUGUGGGAACUCUAACCUAAUGACAGAACUGGAGAACCUCCGCAAACGGGUAUUUGAGAUGGAAGGGCAGGACGAGGAGAUCACCAAGGCAGAGGCCCAGUGCCGGGAGCUGAGGAAGAGGCUGCAGGAGGAGGAGAGCCGAGGGAAAGAACUCAAACUGCAAGUGGAGAAGCUCCAGAGGAGAAUGGUGGAAUUGGAGAGACUAGAGGGGGCGUUCAACGCCAGCAAGGCGGAGUGCUUCCAGUUACACUCCGCUCUGGAGAGAGAGAAGGAUGUGUCGAAGGAGCUUGCUGACGAACUGGUGGCCUUUAAGAUACGCAUGAAAGAGAUGGAAUCCUCUGAGCUGAGACUGGAAAAGACUGAGCAGGGCCUUAAAGAUGACCUGGCGAAGCUGAAGUCAUUCACUGUGGUAAUGGUUGAUGAGAAAAAUUAUAUGAUGGAGAGAAUGCUGUUAGAGGAGAAGAAGAGGGAUGAUCUGAGUAAGACGUUCAAAGCGGAGCAGGGCAAGGUCAUGGAGGUGACUGAGAGAUUGAUAGAGGAGAGUAAAAAGCUCCUGAAGUUGAAAUCAGAGAUGGAGGCCAAGGUUGGGAACCUCACCAGAGAGAAAGGAGAGCUAAGCACUAAGCUCACAUGUGAAAUGGAAAAGAGCAAGGAUCUGAGCUCCAAAGUCAGCCAAAUGAACAAGAGGUUAGAUGGAUUGGAGGAGGCAGAAAAUAUAUCCACAAAGAACAUAGCAAAGAGGGAACUGGUAAGCUUGUCAGAUGGGGGUUCGAAAGAGGACAACAGGGUGAAGGAGCUAACAUAUGAAAUAGAGCGAUUGAAAAACCGUCUCAAGCAGCUGGAGGUUGUGGAGGGCGAUUUGAUAAAGACAGAGGAUCAGUACGACCUGCUGGAGAAAAAGUUAAUGACGGAGCAAGACAAGGCCAACAUUCUCUCCCAGCAGGUGGAGGAGAUGAGGAGUCAGAUCGCCAGGAUUAAAGCAAUAGAGAAUGGAGAGGUGGAGAGCCAGGAGGCAGACCUACGACAGUGCUGCAGGACAGAGAACGCCAACACCAGAGACUUGCAGAACGACAUGGUAGCUCUCAAGGAGAAGAUUCAUGAGCUGAUGAACAAAGAAGACCAGCUCUCUCAACUCCAAGUGGACUACUCCAUCCUCCAGCAGAGGUUCCUAGAGGAAGCAGAGAAGAAGGACAACAUGAGCAUUGAGGUCCUCCACCUCACCAAAGAGCUGGAGGUGACCAAGCGCCACAGCCGCGCUCUACGACCCUGUCUGAACGGGAGGAGGAUGGUGGACGUUGCCAUGGCGUCCACGGGAGUGCAGACUGAUGCGCUGGCCAAUGAGACGGCAGAAGAGGACACCCCAGCUGUGUUCAUCAGGAAGUCAGUCCAGGAAGAGAAUCACAUCAUGAGUAAUCUUCGACAGAAGGGUCUCAAGAAACCCACAGAGAAAGCUGGUGGUCAUGAACGCUACUCACCGUCUGCUGCCGCUGACCUCAGCAUGAAGAAGUCCUGGAUUCCAUGGAUGCGGAAGAGGGAAAACAUCCCUCAGGGAGGUAAUCUGCAUAAGUCUGUCCAUAGCAACGGUGAAUCCAUGCAUUCUGAUCUGGCCAUGUCUCAGAAGCAAGGGCAGCCUUUACGCAUCAGAGUGACCCCAGACCACGAGAACAGCACGGCUACCUUGGAGAUCAGCAGUCCUUCUGCUGCGGACCUCUACUCCAGCUCCAGCCUCAGCCUCAGUCCCACCCUGCAGGGCCACCAGAAGCCUCGGAUCACCAUCAUUCCCACCCACACACACACCACUGCAACUUCAAGGGGCAGAGCCAGCGCAGGGCCAGGGGGACCAGAGAGGGCCAAGUCCCCGGUCACCAUCAGCACCAUCUCCAGGGCCAAGUCACCAGAGAUCAGCAAGGCCUCCUCCUCUUCCUCCUCCUCUUCCUCCUCCUUCCUCCUCCUCUUCCUCUUCAGGCAGACCCAUGUCACCCAUAUCCAUCAUGACAGUCAGCUCUUCUAUGGUGUCCAACAUGUCCGCCUCCCCAGAGCCCCAGGAGAUUACCAUGGGCCGGGCCGUGUUCAAGGUGACCCCUGAGAAGCAGAUGGUCCCCACACCAAUCAGGAAGUACAACUCCAACGCCAGUAUCAUCACCACCACAGAGGACAACAAGAUUCACAUCCACCUGCAUGGCUCCCAGUUCAAUAAGGGCCCCUCGGAGGGCCACAACAUCACAGCACCCAAGGUGGUGGUUAGGCCUGUCGGCGUGGCAACUGAGUGUAGCAGAGAGAUGACGUUAUCCACGGGCACAGUGUUGCGCUCCCCUCACCAUAGCGCCACUGCUGUCAAAACCACUCCCAGUAAAGUGAUGAGCAGCAUCACUAUCACUGCAGUCACGUCCACCCCUGCCAGACCAACACAAGCUGUGGUGAGUCUCCUCAGUACAUAAAUUCACCUGGCUGUUAUGUUAAUCUGUUAUUAACUCAUUCAAACGUAUACUUUUUGAGUUGUGUUAACCCUGUGCACCCCAAUUAAAUUAUGAAUCUAAAAAGGAAAUCUAUGAAAAUAAUUAUGUUUAUGAAUUGCAAAAUAAUGAUUUGGUAAGAUUGUGGACAUGUACGUUCCUUUCUGUUACGUAAGAUAUUGAUGUGCGACAAGGUGGCAUCUCACUGAAUGUGCGGUAUAAUAAGGUCUUUGUGGGGCGAAUGGUAGCGUGACAGAAGGAGCUUCAUCAACAGCCCUCCAGACAACAGAGAUCUAAUGACGUGACAAUCUGCCACCAUGUUACAAUCAUCCUGUCACUUAUAGCUGCUGCUCAGUGUGUACAUUCACACACAGACACACAGGGCACAAACACCCUCACUGACAGAAGAAAUGCAGCACAGAGCUGGUAGGCUGCAAUACACUGUAACAUGACCCGCAACAUUACUCCCCCACUGAGUUGGUCUUGAAAGAAGGACUAAAUAUUUACAGUUCAUAUAGUAAAUGUUCUCUAAGGGAAAUGUUUUCAUACAUAUUCCCCCUCAGUAAUUGAUCAUUUUCUUCUACCCCUUUCUCUGUUGUGGCCUCCUCUUCUCUCACCCCCUCUCCUCUUUCUAUCCUAUCCCUGUAUCUCCCAGCCCGGGCAUGAUGCCCACCCACCCCGAGCAGGGCUCACCCGUAUUCCCAUGUCCAAGGGCCUGAAGACAGGCAAAGCCAUGCUGGGAGCCCUGGGGAUGUCUGGAGGAAUGAGGCUGGAGCAGAGAGCAGAAAGCCAGUCCAUGAGGAUAGAGCUGAAGAAAUCCACAAUCAGCAGCACAACAGCCUUUCAAAAUGGAGGGAAAGGCUGUUAG